AUGGGACUUCCAUCAACGGUCAGCCGUGGGCAAUACCUCCUUCAUCCCAAGCAGUUACAAUUGAGGGAAGUCGAGAUAGGAAAGCUGGGGCCGGAGGAGGUGGAAAUUGCUCCUCGAUCAACGACCAUCUGCGGCUCAGAUCUGCACUACUACGCCCACGGUCGAAAUGGAAGCAUAACCGUCAAGGAACCGCUUUGCCUGGGACAUGAGUCGGCGGGUGACGUUGUGGCCGUGGGCACCGCCGUGAACGGCCUGCGACCGGGGGAUAGAGUGGCAGUCGAGUGCGGAGUGCCUUGUUCAGAAUGCGAACUCUGCGUUGAGGGGAGAUACAAUCUUUGUCCAAAGCUGCGUUUCCGAUCGAGUGGUUCCGCCUUCCCACAUUUCCAGGGUACGCUGCAGGAAAGGAUCAUCCAUCCGGCAAAAUGGGUACAUAGAUUGCCUGAUUGCUUGACCUUCGACGACGGCGCUCUGCUUGAACCGCUUUCCGUGGCUUGUCAUGCGGUGCGACGAGCCGGGGUGACACCUGCUUCUACUUGUCUCGUCUUUGGAGCUGGGGCGGUGGGACUACUUUGUGCCGCAGUGGCCCGGUCUAAGGGGUGUGCACGCAUUGUCAUGUGUGACAUUGACAAGCGCCGCGUCAACUUUGCCCUGCAGAAGGGCUUCGCCCAGGUGGGGUGGGUGGUGGACCGACGAAGAGCCUCCAACGUUGAGGAGGAAAUGGCCAAUGCACAAGCCCUUGCUCGAGAUAUUGCCUCGCAGAACUGGCCAGAAGGAGGGCCAGUGGGAAAGCCCUCAAUCACCUUUGAGUGUACAGGAGUCCCGUCAUGCGUCCAGAGCUCGAUUUAUGCCACCAAGUCCGGGGGCCGUGUCAUGUUGGUCGGGAUGGGCACCCCGAACCACACCUUGCCGCUAUCUGAAGCUGGGGCACGCGAGGUCGACCUGAUGUCGACCUGGAGGUAUGCCAACUGCUACGAAGAAGCGAUAGACCUAAUGACCAAGGUCGCGGAGGGGUCGGUUAAGCCGGAUAUCAGGGAGAUCAUCACCCACCAUCACAAGGGCUUGGAGAAUGUCCAGGACGCCUUCGGUUUGGCAGGAAGUUCCCAAGAUUCAGACGGGAAUCUCGUCAUCAAAGUCGUAAUCGAUACCUGA